AGCCUUGAUAUUUAAACAAACAAGACUUUCACGGAAACGGAUACAGCUGUUUAGAUGUGGAGAUGUCGCAUGUUGCCCGCUAGGGAUCUACCUGGUCUGUUUACAAGCGAAAAAAGGAAGACAUCAACUGACACGAGCUACCACCAUACGUCUUCAACGACUACAGUGUGAACCACGUGACACUGUGUUAAUACACCACAAGGAUUUUUAUAAAGAAAACUACUUUAGAAAUUCGCUUAAUAGUGUCAAUACGUGGAAGAGAAGUAAAGGAAAACUUAAACCAUGAUGUUCAAGAUCAUACUUCAAGUCGCGGUUGUUGCUAUAACUGUCGGCGCACGCUCGGAGGUUAAGGCUGGUGCAAAUACAAUCCUCAGCAUUCGACUACCAAUGGCCAAAUGUUCAGCCCUAUCUUGUGAUGUGUCCGCUACAGUACAAUCCGAAUAUCCAGUGAAUGAACAGUGGGCGAUAUUCAAGAAUCACACAGCCAUGAGAAUUACGGAAUGGAAUAGUGACCCGACAAAAUAUAGUGGUGGAAAUAAACAGGAUCCCAAAAACUGCAAAGCCUGGUGUAAUUAUACAGUAACACUAGUGAUACAGAAACCCAAGCAGUUUGAAGACUAUGGUUACUAUCAACUCAUUUUGAAAUCAUAUAUGAAAGAAAGUGACCUCUACGAUACGCUUGUGAUAAACUUCACUGUACCAUCAUCUGGAUCAGAUCAAAUUAAUACCAAAUCAUCCAAAGGAAAUGAUGGUGCAUUCGUAGAUGAAAAUGAGUUACCCUUUACAACCAUUCUGGUCAUCCUGGUGGCGGGGACGUGUGUGACAAUCUUCAUAUGCUUCACGGUGUGCAUGGUGGUUGUUUGCAGAAGAAAGAACCCCAAAAAAAAGAAACCACGAGACAGGAAAAACAGACCUCACAGUUCUUUAGGUGUCUCAACCCAUGUGUAUGAAGAGGUGGAAUCUGUUGCGAAUGCAUACUGUGAAAUAAACGAGGAAAAUCGAAAGACGUCUGCACACCAGUAUAUCCAGCCUAUCCCCGAAGAAACGGCUAUUUACAAGGCGCCAGAGAUAUUUUCGAAUACUGAAUCGCCCACAACUGGAAGAACGCAAAUUCAAGAAAGCUCAAAUGAUGCGAUGGGAUAUUUACAACCAUCAGUUAAAUUCAGACCAGAAAUGGCGAUGGUCAAUAGAUUAUAUGAAGAAGCUAACAAACAAAGAGACAAGAAACCACUGGAGCCAACGUAUAGUAAUUCAAGGGAAGAACAAUUGUCAUCGACAAAAGAAUUAAAAACAAUAGUUGAUGACCUGCAAGAAGUUUUAGAAAAAUCUAAGAAAGACUCGGACAACAUAUAUGCUCAACCUUUCCCUACUCAUAAAAGGAACAUUACGAAUAAGCUGUAUGAAGAAAGCAAUAAAACAACUGAAAAAACGACACAAGAGCCUACAUAUGGUAACGAACAGAGAACGCCACUGUUACCAAAGAAAGUCUCAAACGAAGCGACAGUGAAACGAAGUGAAAGUUUAAAAGAAUCGUCUGAAGCACCAAAUGUUCCUCCUAAACCAUUCAGCAGACAUAUACAUGCACCUAAUCAACUGUAUGAUGAGAGAGAGAAAAUGUACUCCCAGAAAAAGCCUCUGACUGUCACUACCAGCAAUCCUCCCCCUGUGAAACUUCCGCAGAGGAAAUUUUCUAGAUCAAGAUCCGAGGAUUCAGAGCUUUCGCAUGUGCAUUCGUAUAAAAGAUGACAGAUCAGAAUAGAAUGUAGUGUGGAAUAUGCAAACUGUUAACUUCAUAUAAUUAUUUUGUGUCCAUUGUUAACUUGUCAUUGUCUCUAAUGUAUUUGAAAUCAUAAAACCAAUAUUUAAAAAAUAA